AUGGUGCGCAAGCUGAAACAUCAUGAGCAGAAGCUCCUCCGCAAAGUUGACUUCAUCAACUACAAAUCCGACGACAAUCACCGCCAGGCCGAGAUCAUCAGACGAUACUCGAUCAGCCAGCCUUCAGACUACUCCAGCUACAAUCGUCUCUGCGGCAAACUGCGACAUCUUGCCCACCGAAUCUCUCUUCUUCCGCCAGAAUCACCUUUUCGACGGAAACAGGAAGACUUGCUGCUUGAAAAGCUACACGAUAUGGGGCUGCUAGGUGUGGGGGGAGGUGGUACAGGCAAGCUCUCGGACGUGGAGCGCAAGAUCACAGUGUCUGCACUUUGCCGGAGACGACUAGGCGUGGUCAUGACGAGACUGCGGAUGGCAGAGACAGUAAGCGCAGCCAACAAGUUCAUCGAGCAAGGACACGUGAGAGUGGGAACAGAAGUCAUCACUGAUUCUGCAUUUCUUGUCACGAGAAACAUGGAAGACUUCGUGACCUGGGUCGACUCAUCAAAGAUCAAGCGGAACAUCAUGAAGUACCGGGACAAACUUGACGACUUCGAUCUCCUCUGA